AAACCCUUCGAGUACCCGGUAUAAAAAAUGUUAUUUAGAGAAUUCCUAGGAUAGUUGAAAAGCAGAAUUUCUUAAUUGAGCACCAACUAACUGCACACCAAAUGAAAAUUAAUCAUUUACUACAGAUUCAACUACAAGAUUAUUAGAAUCGAUCACACAGCACAGUGCUAUACGUCAAACAUAUUUAGAGUAAAAAGUUUGGCAUCAGAAAACAGGAAAUAAAUAUUGCAGUCAUUCGAAACAAUUCAGUCGUCGGGAACAGAUAUAAAAUUCGACAAAAAUAAAAAUAAUAAAAAAUAUAAAAAUGGGAAAGGAAAAUAAAUAUAAACCGAAUGCCGAAAAACCAACCAAACCAACCAUGAAGCGGUACUUCGGCAAGCCCCUCCAACAGCAUCAACUAAAAGCUGGAGAACAGGUUACUCACCCUCCAUAUGGAGGUCCUGCCGCCUCUGGCUUGGAGAAGCAGAAGCAGGAAGAGGAGCAAGGAGAAUGGCAGACACAAAGGUGUCAGAAGAGGCGCGAUAAGGCCGGGGAAGGCUGGGGCGGAAAGCAGCAGCAGCAGCAGCAGCAGCAACUUCCACAACAGCGCGGACAACACCGCGAUCCUAUAGAAAAACAGAACCAACAACAGCAGACAGUACAAAGGCGUCUUCAGGGCCACAAUGAACAACACCAAGGAGGCUCCCAGUUCUAUGGUCCACCAAAACCGCAAGACGAACUCCCAAAAUGGCCAAGAGCCCAGAACCGAGGUCUGCCUCUGCAGCCUCUGCUCCCUCAGACCCAAAAAGUGGUGCCGCCACUCCCAGCAGGCACCAUGAAACGUGGAACUUUGGGAAAACCAGGUCAAGUAUCUGUUAAUUAUCUCGACGUUAGCUUGGAUAAAAUGCCUGCGGUGGCCUAUCAGUACGAUGUGAAGAUCACGUCAGUAUUUCCUAAGAAGUUCUAUCGUCAGGCUUUUGAGCAGUACAGAGUUGAACAUUUGGGGGGUGCGAUUGCCGCAUAUGAUGGACGUGCAUCGUGCUACUCAGUUGUGAAACUAAAAUGCAGCCCCCAGGGCCAAGAAGUGAAGGUAACAGAUCGCCACGGCCGUACCUUGAAUUACACUGUGGAGCUCAAGAAGACACAGGUCUCGGAAGUCGAUUUGAGCUCACUAAGAAGCUACAUGAAGGACAAGAUUUAUGAUAAGCCCAUGCGAGCCUUGCAGUGUCUGGAGGUUGUGUUGGCGGCUCCCUGUCAUAACACCGCUAGACGCGCCGGUCGCUCCUUCUUCAAAAGGUCUGAUCCCGGAAACGCCAUUGAUCUUAAAGACGGCUACGAAGCUCUGGUUCGGAUUAUCCCCCCCCCCCUCCCGGCUACCGCCUUAACCUAACCUAACCUCUUGGAUGUUAACGAUAUAAAAACCUAGGAAAGCCCGUCAAAAGCUGUACGCUGUCCGUCAAGGAUGGCUGUGUACCAGAGUAGAGGAUUGUUCGCCAGUUUAAGUAGAGUUGUCGCCUUGUGAUUCGUAGAAGUAGAAGAUGCCAUCAUUCCAAAUAUCGAAAUAAGAGUGUGCCAGUGUUGCCAAUGUUGUUCCAUCCAA